CGAACGCGGGGAAACCUCUGUCUGCUCGAGCCCUUGCAGCUGGCGCAAGACUAGCCAUGCUCUCCCGGCUCCUGAGGGAGCACCAGGCGAAGCAGAGCGAGAGGAAAGAGCUGCAAGAAAGGAGACGGCGAGAGGCCAUUGCUGCAGCCACUUGUUUAACAGAAGCUCUGGUUGACCAUUUGAAUGUAGGGGUGGCACAGGCCUAUGUCAACCAAAGAAAGCUGGACCAUGAGGUGAAGACACUGCAGAUCCAGGCAGCUCAGUUUGCCAAGCAGACAGGCCAGUGGAUCAGUAUGGUGGAGAACUUCAAUCAAGCUCUGAAGGAGAUUGGUGACGUGGAAAACUGGGCCCGUAGCAUUGAGAUGGAUAUGCGGACCAUUGCCACAGCCCUGGAGUAUGUUUACAAAGGGCAGCUGCAGCCUUCCACCUCCUGAAGUGGACACCUUCCUGUGGAUCCUUGGCCCCUGCAUAGCUUGGAUUCCUUCUCUCAUUUCAUGUGACCAGCUGAGGGCACUCAGGUGGCAAGUUCCACACCUCAAGCCCUGACUAAAAUUGGGUUGCUGCCUUUUGCUGCAGUGAAUGAAUGAGAUUUCCCUUCCUCCUGCCACCCAGCUGCUGCGAGGGGUGCUGCUGGGCUUUGGGCUUUCACCUGGGCCUCUGAGCAAGUGCUAGCAGUAUGUGGAGGUUCAAAGACCUGGCACAGGGUGAGAAGAAACGAACAGGCACAUCACCAUGAAAGACCACUCGUGCCUCUUCCAGACCAGUUUUUAUCCAUUGCUGCUGUGAGCUUAGAAAGAAUGGAAUAAAAACAGAUGGGUUCACACUU